AUGGAUACUAAACAGAAGAAACGCUCUCAUUCAGAGACCAAUGGCUCACAGAAGGCCCCAAAACGUCAAAAGAUCCAGAAACAAUCCAAGAAACAAAAGAAAGUUGCGCCGAAGAAACAAGUUGCGGUAGAUUCUUUACCAUGGAACGAAGUAACAAUGCCAGAUAUGUUUGAAGACGCCGAAGGUUUCUAUGGAUUGGAAGAGGUGGAUGAUGUUGAGGUAGUACGGGAUGGAGAUGUUGUCACAUUUGUAUCUUCCAAAAUACAGCCUAAAAAAGACGACGACGAAGAAUUUGAAGGCUUUGGAGACGAUAAUGGGGAUGAUAAAACUACAGAGAUGGAUGAGACCAGCGAAGUGAAGCCAAUACUGAAGCCCGCUGAAGAGAGCAUGGGAAAUGAAAUCUCAGAAGGACAGAAAGAGAAUUUAGAGAAAAAGCCAAAGCCCGAGAAGAAACAGAAGAAGGACAAGCCAGAUACGAAAGACCAGGAAGAGAAAUUACCAAAUAAGAAGGAGAAGAAACAGAAAAAAGAGAAAGCGCAACAACAGUCAAUCGACAAAGUUGCCGGCCUUAAAUUAGAUCCUCUGAAGAAUGUUUUCGAAGCACUCGAAGAAGAUGCUGCAAAAGAAGUUGAUGUUUCAAGCUGGGAAGAGCUAGAUCUCUCGUCAAAUACUUUAUCUGCAUUAUCUAAAAUGGGCUUCUCGAAGCCAACUCCAAUUCAAUCAGAGGCUAUUCCAGAAGUGCUAGCUGGACACGAUGUCGUCGGAAAGGCAUCUACUGGUUCUGGAAAAACAUUGGCCUUCGGAAUACCGAUAGUAGAAAAGUGGCUUGAGGCAUAUGGAGAACUUGAUGAGGAUGAGCUAAAGAAAAAUACAAGACCGCCAACUGCAUUAAUUCUUUCGCCAACAAGAGAAUUGGCACAUCAAUUGACUGAACAUAUUACAGCUUUAUGUAAGGGUAUGCCUACAAGUCCAUGGGUAGCUGCUGUCACUGGAGGUCUUUCCGUUCAAAAACAACAACGUCAAUUAGCCAAGGCAGAUAUCAUAAUCGGUACACCGGGUCGUCUAUGGGAGGUUAUAAGCUCUAGUAAUGAAUUAUCAGCCAGCUUGAAACAGGUUAGGUUCUUGGUUAUUGAUGAAGCAGACAGACUGUUGACCGAUGGUCACUUCAAAGAAGCAGAGGAGAUUUUAAAUGCUUUGGAUCGUACACACGGUGAUGAAGACGACGAAGAGGAAGAUACAUUACCACCCAGGCAGACUUUAGUUUUCUCGGCCACCUUCCAUAAGGGUUUGCAACAAAAGCUUGCAGGAAAGGGCAAGCAAUCUUUCAAGGAUGAAAGUCAAUCUAUGGAGUAUCUUUUGAAGAAGCUCAAUUUUAGAGAAGAUAAACCCAAAUUUGUUGACGUUAACCCAAUCUCGCAAAUGGCAGCCAAUCUGAAAGAGGGUAUGGUAGAAUGUGGCGGAGAAGAAAAGGAUCUAUAUCUCUAUUCUCUCCUCCUGCACCACCCCAAUCAGCGAACCCUCAUCUUCACCAACUCCAUCCACUCAGUCCGCCGCCUAACCCCCAUGCUCCAAACCCUCAACAUCCCCGCCCACUCCCUCCACUCCCAAAUGAUCCAAAAAGCCCGCAUGCGCUCCAUCGAAAAGUUCUCCCGCACAAAUAACACCGGCUCCGUCCUCGUCGCCACCGACGUCGCAGCACGUGGUCUCGACAUCGGAGGCGUCCAACUAGUCAUCCAUUACCAUCUCCCCCGCACCGCAGACAUGUACGUACAUCGAUCCGGUCGUACCGCGCGUGCCGCCGCCUCCGGAUCUAGCAUCCUCCUCUGCGGCCCCGAGGAAGUCGUCGGAACGCGCAGAUUGGUCGCGAAAGUCCAUGCCCAAAAUGCGCUGCAUGGAGAAGGAAAGAAAUCAAAAUUCUACAUCCGCAGUCUAGAUAUCGAUCGCAGAGUCGUGGCGAGACUUAAACCGCGCGUGACGCUCGCGAAGAAAAUCGCAGAUAGCGCAUUGGCGAAGGAAAAGAAAGGUCAUGAUGACGAUUGGGUUAAAAAUGCAGCGGAGGAAUUGGGCGUUGAGUAUGAUGAGGAGGAAUUUGAAGCCUUGGGCGGAGGGAGAAAGGGCAGGGGAACUGGAAGGCGGUUGAAGGAGAAGGAAGCGAGAGGGAUGAGUAAAGCGGAAGUGGGAGCGCUGAGAGCGGAAUUGAGAGCGCUGUUGGCGCAGAGAGUUAACGUGGGGGUGAGCGAGAGGUAUUUGACGAGUGGCACGGUUAAUGUUAAUGAGUUGUUGAAGGGGGCGAAAGGUGAGUGGUUGGGAGAGGUGGAGGGUAUUGGUAUGGAGGAUGAGUGA